AUGGCGACAACUGGUGGUGGCUGGACUGUAAUACAGAAUCGGGUGGACGGUACAAUGAACUUCAACAGAUCCUGGGAGGAGUACAGGACAGGUUUUGGAGACGUCCGCACCAGUUACUGGAUAGGUGACAGCAUCCGGAACACAUCCACACCUAAUAUUAUCAACGGGAUGAGAUUCACCACAUAUGACGUAGAUAACGACCAAUAUACAUAUAACUGUGCUACUAAGUGGGGAGGAGGGUGGUGGUUUAACGACUGCACGGACGUCUUCCUUAACGGACCCUAUAAUCCGCCCGAAAAUUGGCUUCAACCGUGGUAUCCGCCAUAUGUGGAUGGUAAAGAUGUCGCCCGAACGAAGAUGAUGAUUAGACGAAGAUAG